AUGGUCCUGAGUAGGGUGCUGUGCUUCCGAAUGAAGGAUGCGUCACUGAAGGUGCUCUACGUGCAUGAGAACCAGCUUCUGGCCGGAGGGCUGCAUGCUGGGAAGGUCAUUAAAGGUGAGGAGAUUAGUGUUGUCCCCAAUCGGUCGCUGGACACCAGGCUUUCGCCAGUCAUCCUGGGCAUCCAAGGAGGGAGCCAGUGCCUGUCGUGUGGGACGGGAAAAGAACCAACUCUGAAACUAGAGCCAGUGAACAUCAUGGAGCUCUACCUCAGUGCUGAAGAGUCCAGGAGUUUCACCUUCUACAGGAGGGACACGGGGCUCACCUCCAGCUUCGAGUCGGCUGCCUACCCGGGCUGGUUCAUCUGCACUGUGCCUGAAGCAGACCAGCCCCUGAGACUCACCAAGCUCCCUGAGUAUGUCGGCUGGGAUGCCCCCAUUACAGACUUCUACUUCCAGCCGUGUGACUAG